GAAGAUUCGUGUAGUUAGCUACUUAAUGGGCCGUUAAAAUAUUUAAUAAGGCCCAUUGGGUCUAAACUGUGUUAGGAUUACUAGGGCACAGAAUCGGUCUCUGUCCCAUUUCGCGAACUUUCUCCUUAGAAUCGGAACGGACGAAGAAGGAAGACAAGGAAGAAGAUCGGAGAUGGCAUCGAAUGCGGCGGUUCCGUUCUGGAGAGCGGCGGGGAUGACAUAUAUAUCGUAUUCAAACAUCUGUGCGAAUAUCGUGAGGAACUGUCUCAAGGAGCCACACAAAGCUGAAGCUCUUACUCGCGAGAAGGUUCACUUCUCUCUCUCCAAAUGGGCUGAUGGAAAGCCCCAGAAACCUGUUUUGCGGUCAGACACACCUGAAGUUUGAAGUCAACUUUGAGCUUAUGUUCUUAAGGGAUUCAAAAGUAACUGAGUUACCAAGAUUUGUUUUCUUUUUAUUGUCAACAAUGGAGCUUGAGUGAAAAACUCAUUUCCGAUCAUAAUAAUGACACACUGAGUCUUGUGUAUCUCUUUUCUUCUUUUGCUAUUCUGUUUCACUUUUUGUAUGCGAACAAUGAAAAAAAGCCUUUAAAGACUCUUCUGGCUAAAGACAAGUUCUUUUGAUUGUUACAGAACAGUGAGAAUAGCAUAAAACUAAGCACAUACGUGGAGAAUCAAUACACUGUCAGAAGUUGAGAGAAGACCAUACUUAAUAUUAAACAUGAGAAUAUACAAACUGAUUUUCUGAAUCAUGUAUUUUGAAUCGCAGUACGCAUAUUUGCAGGUUAGACCAUCUCC